AUGGCGGCGCCCGGGAGGCACGUAGGGCAUUGCCUGCAGAAAAACGGACAAUUUCUCCUAAAUAACAUCGAAAGAUUAUGGUUUUGCAGGAGCUUUCACUGGAGCCGUGUCCUCCAACAACACGCUGCUGAGGCACACACGGAUUCUUCAGAGAGUGUCGUCAUUCCCAAAAAGAAAACAUGGAGCAGUACGGCUGUUUUAGAAGCUCUGGCUGCGACCGUCAACAGAGACCCCACAGCUCAUCCUCAUCAGUUCCAGGACGACUCGUACCUUUCUCCAAGAACCUCUUCUGAAUUUGCUUUGUUCUCUCUCUCUCUGGAGUCAGGCCGAGCUGCAGCAAAAUACUUUGUCAACUCCAACCCAAAGCUUUUCACCAAAGACUUUGCUCAGCCGCAUAUACCAUGUCUGAUGCCACAGUCCGUGUCCCUGGUCCUGGAGGAAGUGAGUGAAGCAGCUCUGAGGGAGAGGCUGAGUCUGAGGAGGGUCUCUGCAGCUGUGGACAUGUACGACCAGCUCCUGCAGAGCGGUCAAACCGUCUCCAUGGAAACGACUCAUGACCUUCUGGACCUGAUUUGUCUGUACUGUGACCGUGAUCCCGCUGCUGAAGGAACGGCCGACCCCGAGGACUCGGAGGAGGGGGAGGCUCAGGGCCGCAAGCGUAAAGGGAGGUUCCGAAAAGCGGCGCAGCUCCUCAAAUACACCUGGAGAGAAAACAACAACGCAGAGCGGAUCUUCAACUUAAUCCCAGAGAGAGACACGCGCUGCUACUCUGCUCUGAUCCGAGGAAUGGUCAAGCACGGAGCCUUCAGCCGAGCCUUCCACUUCUACACAGACAUGCUCAACAACAGAGUCACAGGUGACGUCCACAUCUUUAACGCACUGAUCUCCGCUGCUCCUGAAGUCAGAGAGAAGUACCAGGACCGCUGGGACCUGGUGGUUGAGCUGCUGAAUGAGAUGAAGCAGCAGAAGGUGUGUCCGACGCUGCAGACCUUUAACGCCGCGCUCAGGGCUCUGCGUCGCUGUGGGUUCUUGUCCAAGACUCUGGCUCUGCACACGCUCAGUGAGAUGAAGGCGCUCGGCAUCGAGCCCAGUCUGGCUUCUUACGACCACGUCCUGGCUGCUUUCUUCAGAGCAGGCGCCACGACACCAAAUAACAUUGACAUUUUCCGUGAGGUGCUGUCGGUGAUGGAGGGAACCAGCUUCAGUUGCCAAGAUCCCGACGACGUCUACUUCUUCUGCAGUGCCAUGAGAAUAUGUCUGGACAAUAAGGACCUGGAGCUCGGGUACAAAGUCCAGGCUUUGGUCGAGUUUGGGGAGAACUGGAGACUUCUGGGAGAUCCGUACCAGCAAAGCAUUUACUACGGCCGCUUCUUUAACCUGCUGUGUCUGAUGGAGGACGUGGAUGCGGUGCUGACGUGGUACCGGAGGCUCAUCCCAUCGUUGUAUUACCCGAACCCUCAGGGCAUGAAGGACCUGCUCCAGGCUCUGGACACGGACAGCCGCCUGGAGCUGCUGCCCUCGGUCUGGAAAGAUAUUCGAUCUUUGGGUCACGACAAUAAACUGGAUUUGGUGGAAGAGCUGCUCGGCCUCAUGGCUCGGGACAAACACAGUUCAGAGGUGCAGCAGCAGUUCUCGGAGUGUGCUCUGGAGGUGAAGUCUGUGUUUGAUGGAGACCGGGUCCGGAGCCUGGACUGGACUUCAGCGGCUCUGAACCACGUCACUGUGCUCCUGCUGAGGGCCCAGCACACGGCCCAGGCCUGGGAGACUCUUCAGCUGUUUAAGACAAAGAACAGAGUCCCAACAGUGGAGCUGAUGGAGGAGUUCCUGUCCUGGUGUGUGGUCUCUGGUUCCUGUGACAAAGCCGUGGAUCUGGUCCAGACCUCGGUCUCCUUCUGUCUGCCCUGUACCUCCAAACUGACCCAGAGAGCCCUCCGAGACCUGCCCCUCACCGAGGACCAGAGGUCCGUUCUGUCUGAGCUGGAGUCUGCAGCAGAGUCGUCCGUCUGA